GUCUGAUAGGAGUUUUUAAAAUACCUACGUGUCGUGCACUUUUUUUGGUAAUGUUGACCCAAAAUUAACAGUUUUCUUUUUAUUUGUGAAUAAACAGUACUUAACCUGGUAUAAUCAUGGCAAGUAGUGAUCAUUCAGCAGAUUUCCAGGCAGAAAUGAAAACCCCACCAGCAUCUUCAUCAUGUGCUACUGCAACUCCACAACUUGAAACGGGAGUUACUCAAAGUGGGAACAUCCAAGAGCUCUGCAAACUCACAAAAAACUUAGCAUUGCAGCAAUCAACCGUUAAACCGAUCCAGGAGGAGAAUGUAUCUGAUACUUCUUCCAAGCCAUUGUUUACAAACGCAAGCCAAAAUAACAAUGAAGUGCUGAAAAUGUUAAGUCAAGUUGCUGAUAAGGUAACUGAAAACACUACGCCAAAAACUACGAAGAAAAAGAAUGCAAAGAAAAAGAAAGAAAGGCUAAAAAAGCUCCAAAUUACACCACAGAAUGUUACACCACCGCAAUCGCAGACAGCGCCACCAAGUAAUGCUUCGGUUCAAGAAUUGUUUACUAGACAGAUAGCCCCUAUGUAUCUCGCGAGCCCAUCACACUACCUGGAGAAUUUAAGUUAUCAUCCUCACUUUCAGUACAUGUAUCAACAGCAACCCCAUAAUGCAGCAAGUGUUCCUAGCUCACCUCUGGCUCAGCUACCCAUGUUUAAUGCUCACCACUCUGACAUGAGACAGGUAGACCCUAGUACUCCAAGAUAUUUGCAAAAUGUCAUGCAACACCCUCUGCUCAAUAAAUCAUAUUCGGUUGACAGUUACCAACAAUAUCAACAGCACCAGCUACAGAGGCAAAGCGUGGGAAAUAUUACUCCAAACUCCAGUUUCAGGCACACACCAAAGUCAGAUAACAAACACAAGAGUAGAACAAACAGCAAAGAGAGCAACCAAAAUAGUGAUAAAAGGUUCGGACUUUACAUGCCUCUUAGUGAAGUGGAAGUGGGCCUAAAGAGCAAACAAUUAAUUGAAGGAGUUGUGAGGAUCAAUCCUAAACAGUUCACACAUGCUUAUGUAUCAAGUAAGGAUAGAGGUGAGCAAGACAUUCUUAUAGAGGGGAUCAAAGAUAGAAAUAGAGCUUUGGAAGGUGACAUUGUGGUUGUAGAAAUUAUCACAGACAGCAGCAGUGAUGAGACUGAUGCAGAAAACAAGAAAAAUGAUGCAGUUAAUGAAAUGAACGAAUCUGGAGAUGUACCCGUGGAUGAUGUCAGCAAAAAUGCUGAAAAAGAUGGUAAUGAUACUCAGACAAGUUUUGAAGAUGUAAAUGAUGAUGAUGAUGAGGAUGCUAAAAAUAAUACUGAUGACAUGACACCCAAACCAGACAAAAAACAGAAGAGAGGAAGAGUAGUGUAUUUAAAAGAAAAAGUGCACAACCGCACAUGUAUUGGAGUAUUAAAACUAAUGCCAGAUAAAAACAGACAAAAGGCCUUAUUUGUGCCUCGCGAUCACAGGAUACCACGCCUCAAUAUUCCCUUUACAAGUUGGCCUGAUAAUUUUUAUAAAGAGGCUAAAAGCUUUGAAAAUACUUUGUUUUUGGCCAAGAUAAUGGACUGGUUUGAUUCAAGAUUUGCUAAUGGGAAAAUAAUAAAAAAUAUUGGCCAAUCUGGAGAUAUGGUGACAGAAACUACAGCUAUUUUGGCACAAAAUGACUUGGAUGUAACUCCAUUCGGGCAGAAAUAUAGUCUCUUGUACCCAAGACUUGAUUAUGUUAUACCAGAAGAUGAAAUAAAGUUGAGAGAGGACUGCCGAAAACUCUGCAUUUUCAGCAUAGAUCCAUCAAAUUGCCGUGAUAUUGAUGAUGCUGUGUCUUGUAUAAAACUUGACAAUGGAAAUUAUGAGAUUGGCGUACACAUAUCGGAUGUGUCCCAUUUUUUGACUGAAAGCACAGAGCUGGAUGAGAAAGUAGCAGAAAAAGCAACAACCAUUUAUUUAGUAGAAAAAGCUUACCAUAUGCUACCAGACGAGCUGUGUAUGCUCUGCUCCCUGUUUCCAGGGGUUGACAAGUUAGCUUUUUCUGUUUUUUGGGAAAUAACUGAUAAUGCUGAAGUUCUUAGUCAUAGAUUUGCUAAAACUGUGAUUAAUUCCUGUAGUCAAUUGGCCUAUGAACAUGCCCAAACUAUACUUGAAGAUAAUGAGGAUAAAUCUGAUUUUCCAGAGAUAAACAAUGGCUUCCAGUAUAAAGAUAUAAGAGAUACAAUUAAAAUAUUAGGCAAAAUUGCUGCCAAAUUCAGGCGAGGGCGUUUCGAAAAUGGUGCUCUACGUAUUGAUCAACCAAAGGUUGCUUUUCAUUUACACCCCUUUAAUGGGUUGCCAAAAUCAUUUUGGAUUUAUGAAUCUAAAGAGAGUCAUCAGCUUAUUGAAGAGUUCAUGUUGCUUGCUAACAUGACUGUUGCUGAGAGAAUACACAAGGAUCAUCCACAGCUAGCAUUUUUAAGGUGUCAUCCUCCCCCAAGUGGAUUCAUGAUGAAGCAGUUAGCUAAAGCACUGAAGCCGAUGGGAAUUGAUCUGGAAAUUGAUUCAGCAGGGAGUCUGCAGCGCUCAAUAUUGCCAUAUGUAGGUCCGGAGAAUGAAGAUAAAGGCAGAGCUAUGGUGCUGAGCAUGCUUUGUGCCAAGCCUAUGGCGAGAGCAAAGUACUUUUGCGCUGAUGGGGUAGACGAUGAUGAUUUUCACCACUAUGCUCUGAAUGUACCUCUCUAUACACAUUUUACUAGCCCUAUUCGGCGAUAUGCAGACAUCAUGGUGCACAGAUUACUAACAGCCAGUCUCAAAAACAAUGGUUCUCCAGAAUGGGAGGUGGACAAAGUCCGUAUGAUUGCAGCUCAGUGCAACAAACAGAAAUACAAUGCCAAGAAGGCCGGUGAGAUGUCCACUGAGUUGUACACGCUCAAGUACAUUGAGAUGCAUUCACCCAUGGUGACGGAAGGUGUUGUGGUGGAGGUUCGGGAGAAGUACAUUGAUGUCAUCAUCGUUGCUAUGGGGCUUAACAGGAGAGUUUACUUCAAUCCUGACUUCCCAGGCGAUUUCAAGUGCGUGAAAAACGAGGCCGGCGCCAAACUAUCCCGAAUGGAAGUCCUUUGGCACAACGACAAGGACGCGCCGGCGGAUGCCCCGCAGAUCAAACAAGUCAUAGAAGUGUUCUCCAUCGUACAGAUAGAAAUGCACAAAGGCAAUGAGAUGGUCAAGGUUGAAACGAGACUUGUCAAACCGAAAGUUAGUGUGGAAAAUUGAUUUACUAAAUACUAUGUAUCCUGCAGCAAAGCUGUCAGUUUGCGCGAGACUGCGUUUUCUCUCUAUCGCACAGUUAGAAGGUGGGUAGUCUUAUUGUGCGCGACUUGAAUUGUGUUGUGUGACGGAGAUACCUAGUGUUAUAUUACAUUUGAAUGACAUCUGAAACUUCAUUAAAUAAAUCUGACUUGUGAAGUACAACUUAAUAUAGGUAUGUGAUCAUGUCUGUUGUAAACUAGUAACAUUUUAACCCAAAAACUUCUUAGUUUAAAUUGUUGUUCAAACUCGCUCUGAUGUUUAUAUUGACAUCAGUUUUGACUGUUUUAGAAUAGAAUAAUAUAAUUAGGUUUGACUUUUUAUUUUUUCUUAAGUGAUAGUGAAAUUGCAAUGUGAUCUAGAUCCACAGUUAACUAAGCUAAGGUUUCAACUAUUUUGUAACUUUUAUUGUAUUAUUUUAUAAUUAAGGGUUUUAAUGAAAUAAAAUUUGGAGUGUCUUGUAAGAUACAAUAAUUGCCAAUGUGGCAUGGCGGCAUUUAUAUUUAUUAUGAAUUAUACAUAUAAACCUUCCUCUUGAAUCACUCUAUCUAUUAAAAAAGUGCAUCAAAAUCCGUUGCGUAGUUUUAAAGAUCUAAGCAUACAUAGGGACAGACGAUCAGACAGCGGUAAGCUUUGUUUUAAUACUAUGUAGUAAUAAAAUAUUUUAGAUUUUUUUUAUCUGCUUGUAUUUGUUAUUGUACAUGAAUUAGUUUUAUUUUUAUUUGAAUUGGUUUAUUGAUUCGACUGCAGUGCGCGCCAUCUGCGUGUGACUAUUGGAACUAAAUACUGAAACACGUGUUUUGUCUUUGCAAUUAUGUUUAGGUACAACUUUGGUUUACAAGCAGAAAGGAUGAUGGUACGGAAUUAUCUUGCAGACGGACUUGGUCAAGGAAUUCUUUUUGGUGAUAUGUACUUUAAAGUAAGGACGCUAACCACGAAGAAUUUCUCCUGCCAUUCCCUAUCUCUAUCGCACGUGCAUAAUUAUAAUGCUGUCUCGUUCGCACAGCGGCAUUGACCGCCGGUACCUGGGCGACAUAGUAAUAUAAUUACGCGCGUGCAAAAGAGAUAGGAAACGGCGGGUCGAUGUACGAAAUUCUACGUGCUGAGCGUCCUUACUUUAGCAUGACUAUUGAAUUGAACGAGUUAUGUGUUUGCCUUGCAAAAAACGUUAUUUUGAAUUGAAUACCGAUUAUUAUUGUCUUAAAUACAUCUAUAAUUUCAUUAUAUAAUCUCUCUGACUUAUUCUCCAGUGGCUCUUUGAGUUUCGCGUAUCUAAAGUCCUGUGUUUUGAACGGUUGCAGCGCCAUCUGCGUUAAGAGUCCCCGUCAAGCUCGGCCGAAUUUCACCUUCCCAUACAAACGAAAUUUCGUUCUCAUUUUAAAAGUUGAAUUGUAAUGAAACUUUGCACAUACAAUGACAUAGGUCUGUAAUUAGUAGUCUGAAAUAGAGCAAAAACAGGUUUUGUAUGAAAAACUUAAAUUCGCUGUAUUUUUUUAACUGUGGUAUCUGAAGCUACAUAAACUAAUUACAGACAUAGAUAUACCUUAUCCUAUUGUAAGUACAAAGUUUCAGAGCAAACUAGCUACUUGUUUUAAAAUGAGAUCGUAACUACGUUUGUAUGGAGAACCGAGCUUGCCGGGGACCCUUAAGAGUCCAUCAACCUGCUCACUAGCGCCACUGGUAAAUAAUUGUAAUUAUUUAAAUUUAACGAUAGAUACUUAAAAAAGGGGGCCGCUGCGUACUGUAUUUUGUAUUUAAGUACCUUUUGAAUACAUUAUAAUAUUUAUAAUAGUUUUUACGUCGCUGGAUUCGUCAAUCUAUGCGUUCGAAGUUAAAACGGCCGUUUUUGUUUUGAGUUCAUAGAUCGACAAACCCAGCAACAUAAAAACUAGGUUUGAUGUAUUCAAAAGGUACUUAAAUACAGUACGUAUUAGCGGCCCCCUUUUUUAAAUAUCUAUCCAUAAAUUUAAACAAUCACAAUUAUUAAGCAGUGGCGCUAGUGAGCAGGUUGAUGGGCUCUUAAGUUUUGUGCGUUUAUCCUCAUUGCUCAAUAGUAGUUUGAAUAUUUAUUUAACGACGAUGCAUGUAACCUGCGCAAGUACCUACCUUGACUACACAAACGAUUUGCAUCGUGUGCAAUCAUAGUAUUAAAUUUUUCUAAUUUAUUAUAAUGUUUUUAGUCGGUAAUCUUGCCUUUUCUUAGAUAUUAUCCAUAUAUCUGGGUUAAGUUUAAACGCUCAAACGCUACUUUUGUAACUUCUUUCAUUGAUGUUGUAGACAAAUCAAUACAUUUUUGAGAAUUU